AUGCACUUCAGCACCGUCACGAGGGACAUGGAAGGUGAGCCUCCUGGCCCCAUCUACACCCGCCGCCCUCCAGAUCCCCUGCCUGGGCUGCUGUGGAUCCUGGUUGCAAACUCCGCCGCCGAGCCCGAGGGCCCCGGGGCCAGCUGCGCGGCCGCCGCCAAGGCGCCGGUGAAGAAGAACGCGAAGGUGGCCAGUGUGAGCGUGCAGCUGGAGAUGAAGGCGCUCUGGGACGAGUUCAACCAGCUGGGCACCGAGAUGAUCGUCACCAAGGCCGGCAGGCGAAUGUUCCCCACGUUCCAAGUGAAGCUCUUCGGCAUGGACCCAAUGGCCGACUACAUGCUGCUCAUGGACUUUGUGCCAGUGGACGACAAGCGAUAUCGGUACGCCUUCCACAGCUCCUCCUGGCUGGUGGCUGGGAAGGCAGACCCGGCCACACCAGGCCGCGUGCACUACCACCCAGACUCGCCUGCGAAGGGCGCGCAGUGGAUGAAGCAAAUCGUGUCCUUUGACAAGCUCAAGCUGACCAACAACCUGCUGGACGACAAUGGCCACAUCAUUCUCAACUCCAUGCACAGAUACCAGCCCCGCUUCCACGUGGUCUUUGUGGACCCUCGCAAAGACAGUGAAAAGUAUGCUGAGGAGAACUUCAAAACCUUUGUGUUUGAGGAGACAAGGUUCACAGCGGUCACUGCCUACCAGAACCACCGGAUCACACAGCUCAAGAUUGCCAGCAACCCCUUCGCCAAAGGCUUCCGGGACUGCGACCCUGAGGACUGGCCCCGGAACCACCGGCCUGGCGCGCUGCCGCUCAUGAGCGCCUUCGCGCGCUCGCGGAACCCCGUGGCCUCCCCCACGCAGCCCAACGGCGCGGAGAAAGACGCGGCCGAGGCCCGGCGAGAAUUCGAGCGCGACGCCAGCGGCCCGGCGGUGCUCGGGGACCCGGUGCCCCCGCCGCAGCUGCUGGCCCGGGUGCUGAGCCCCGCGCUGCCCGGGGCCGGCAGCGCAGGCGGUCUGAUGCCGCUGCCCGGCACACCCGGAGGCCGGCCCAGCCCCCCGCACCCCGAGCUGCGUCUGGAGGCGCCCGGCGCGUCGGAGCCGCUUCAUCACCACUCCUACAAGUACCCGGCCACCGCUUACGACCACUACCUCGGGGCCAAGAGCCGCCCGGCGCCCUACCCGCUGCCCGGUCUGCGCGGCCACGGCUACCAUCCGCACGCGCACCCGCACCACCACCACCAUCCCGCCAUGAGCCCGGCGGCCGCCGCCGCCGCCGCUGCUGCCCCCGCCGCCGCCAAUAUGUACUCGUCGGCUGGGGCUGCACCGCCGGGCUCCUACGACUACUGCCCCAGAUAA